AUGAAACUAGAGCGUGGGAGUUACUCUUGCGACAAGGCAGCUACGCAAUCUUCCAUCACUCAUGUUAUUGAGGAGAAUGAAAAUGGGGAAGCCACGAAGAUUGAACAUUUCCUCCAUGAAGGUCAUUGCUUGGUGUUAGCAGACAAGAUGGAGGAGGAAACUGGCAGAAAAUGUGAUGGGUGCAUGCCGCCUGUCUCAACUCUGCAGGUCUAUUAUUGUUUGGAAUCAGAUUGCCAUUUUUGUCUUCACAAAAAUUGUGCCAAGUUGCCAAAAAUCAACAUACUUUGGUUUCGUCAAUCUAAUGCUACUCUUCAAUCCAAAAGCCUUCGAUGUGACCUGUCAAGCACAUUUGAAAAACAAGAGCUUACAAGGCAGGAUUGCAAGAUUUGCUUUGAAGAAGUAGAGCGUGGUAGUUACUCUUGUGUGAAGGCAGGUUGCAAUUACGUUGUCCAUGUGAAGUGUGCCUUAGCGGAUAAAGAUCUGUAUGACGUAAUUGAGGAAGAAUGCCAAUGUCAGAAGCUUAAUGCAGCUACACAGUCUUCCAUCACUCAUGUUAUUGGAGUGAAUGAAGAUGGAGAAGCCACAAAGAUCGAGCAUUUGAGCCAUGAAGGUCAUUGCUUGGUGUUAGCAGACAAGAUGGAGGAGGAAACUGAUAGACAAUGCGAUGGGUGUAUGCUGCCUGUCUCAACUCUGCUCUAUUACUGUUCGGAUUCAGAUUGCCAUUUUUGCCUUCACAAGACUUGUGCUGAGUUGCCAAGUGUUGGGAAAUAA